AUGCGCGCCGAGGGUGAUGCUAGCUCAACAAUUUCGCGGUCGGUCUGUCAACUUCUCCCUUUAUCGAAGCCUCUGAAUUACGGUACCUUCAUCUUCUUCGGCCUGGUGACCACCAUUGGUGUCCUCCAUGUGUGGUUCCUCGUCUCCGAGACCAAGGGUCGCACACUGGAAGAGAUGGAUGAAUUGUUCGGAUCUGGAAGCAUGGCCGUUGAGGACGAGGUCCUGAAGCGUCGGAUCGAGAGGGAGAUUGGCUUACUGGCUUUAUUGGGCGAGGACUCGGACUCGAGCGAGAAGACAUCCGAGAAGCUGGAGCAUUUGGAUCAUCGCAAGCGAGCUGAGCUGCCCAACUCUGCGAGCUCGUAG